AUGAUAAAGGGAGAGAAGGUCUGGAUUUGGGCUCACAGAAUGAGUGCCAUCACCGUUGAGGAACAAGACAUGUUCUGUGAGAAGGCAGUGGCCCUCAUCCUUGACCUCUGCCUGGAUGACAACUCUUUCCUGGACUCUGCAACAUGCCAGGAUUUCCUGGUGCUUCUAACCAGUGAAAACCCCAACAUAUCCAGCUCAGACAUUUCUUUCAGUCUCCUGCUGCUUGUAUUUGUGGUGUGUGGCUUGGUCCUGCUGGGUGUCAUCAGCGUCGCCACCUGGAAGCUGUGCUGGGUGCCUAGGCACAGCAAAGUUCUUUCCUCCAGUGCCACCGCCCUUGCUCCCACCCGCCAACAGAGAGACCAACUCAGAGAAGGUCACGGUGACUACUAUCUGUGCCUCAGAGACAUCAUGGCAGCAGACAAGCUGAAAGAUCCUGGGAACUUUCUGGAGGCGGCAGUGAAGAUUAGUCAUACGUCGCCAGAUAUCCCUGCAGACGUGCAGCUGUCCAUGAAGGAUCAUCUGCUGAGACGCACACGUAUCUCACGGCAGACAACUGAACCGGCCUCCUCUAACAGGCAUAGUUCCUUCAAGAAACACCUUCCCAGACAGAUGCAUCAUGUCACCAGUCUGGACCGCGGGAGUGAAUUUUUGGAUAUGGAGGACCAACCCACCUGCACCGCUGCCUCUCUUGGACGCAUCCAACCGGAACUCUAUAAACAGAGCACAAUGGAGGCAGAGUCGUCAUCCAAGAAUGGCACAGCAAAAACAUGUGGCAAGAUCAACUUCUCCCUUAAGUAUGAUUAUGAGGGAGAGCUUCUCCUUGUUACCAUUCUCAAGGCUUUCGACCUACCUGCAAAAGAUUUGUGCGGCAGCUCAGACCCUUAUGUCAAGAUAUAUCUGCUGCCUGACCGUAAGCGUAAAUUCCAGACGCGUGUGCACCGCAAGACACUUAACCCCACAUUUGACGAGACCUUCCAGUUCCCGGUCCCAUACGAGGAGCUGGGAUCUAGAAAGCUUCACUUGAGUGUGUUUGACUUUGACCGUUUCUCACGGCAUGAUAUGAUCGGAGAGGUCAUACUAGAUAACCUUUUUGAAGUUUCGGAUCUCUCACAAGAAACAUCCAUCUGGAAAGACAUUCAAUACGCCACCAGUGAGAGUGUGGAUUUGGGCGAGGUAAUGUUCUCUCUCUGCUACUUGCCAACUGCAGGGAGACUCACACUUACUGUCAUUAAAUGCCGGAACCUCAAAGCCAUGGAUAUUACUGGUUAUUCAGAUCCGUACGUAAAGGUGUCACUGGUUUGUGACGGAAGACGCUUGAAAAAGAAGAAAACUUCCAUAAAAAAGAACACUUUGAACCCAGCAUAUAAUGAGGCGAUCAUCUUUGACAUACCUCCAGAGAAUAUGGAUCAAGUCAACUUGCACAUAUCAGUCAUGGACUAUGAUCUAGUGGGACAUAAUGAGAUCAUUGGAGUCUGUCGGGUAGGGUGCCAUGCUGAAGGUCUGGGCAGAGACCACUGGAAUGAGAUGCUCGCUUACCCUCGGAAACCCAUCGCUCACUGGCAUCCUCUCGUAGAGCCCAAGAAGUCUGAAAAGGAGUGGAAGUCUCGCACUGCAAGCUUUGACAGUCAGGGGUCUUGUCCAUCACCCAGACUCCCCUCCAGUACAUAAGGGAGGAAGAGCCUCUCCCUACAUCUACAAAAGCCAAGGAUUUCCCGGGAAGUGACGGUGAUAUUCAGUUAUGUUCUUAGACAACGUGUGACACAACUUAUGUCUGUGUGGACAUGUACUGUCUCAAGGAACAGAAAGAGAAAGAGGAUGCAGCCAAACCGUUCGUGCAUUCAUAGAAUGCAACUGAACCUAGCCAAGUUUUAGCUUUUUUGUGUUUAGAUUGAAGUGUUGCUCUCAUGCGUUGGGUAAAUCCACAACCCACAGAGGUUUUAACAUUUUAAGUAAGGAUACCAGUAUACUGUAAGUAACAAUGUAUUUGUUACUAAAUAUUAUAUCAUUGGUAGCUGUAUAAUAUAUUUUCAUUGCCGUUAUUAUAGAAUGAAGAUAAAGUUUAUUAUAUAUUUAGUCAGAAACUUCUUGUUCUUUUUUGUCUUUACAUGUUUUAAGAGAUUUUUAAGGCAAAAUUAGAGAACAGAGUUUUAACAAAGAUAUGUGAUGUCCUCAUUAUGUUCAUCCUAUUGACGUAUAACUGUUAUAUAUUGUUUACAGAGCAAAAAAAUUGAUCUUCCUUUUGUUUGUGAAGUAGUGAAUGUGAUCUGCCACCAAAAAUACCAAGAGCCACUUAUAUCCCAUCUUCAAAUAUCUCAUCAUAACUGUCUAAAUUGUAGAGGCUUUGCUUUUGUUUGGAUUUCAAAUUUUGGCAUAACCUUUUUAAGUUGCUGAUUGUUAUAUGAAUAUUUUUAAAUGUUCUAUAAUUUUCUCCGAUCAAGUUAGGCUUAAGCACAGCUUUAUCCUCCAUGAUCCAUAAUGUGCAACUAGGUAAUAUUGUCAUAAUUUCACCAGGCAGUAAUUGUAGCCUUCAAAGUAAAACCAUUAUGAAUACUAAGGUUUGUGUUGAGAGCAUGACAGAACUAAAGGUGUCAGAAACCUCUUAGUGUGCUAACAAGACUUGAAAUAUCAUUAUGAAGAAUAAAAGUCUUAAAUAUGUUAUCCUUUAGCAUAUUACAAAGACCAAUUUUGUAUUUUACCUCAACUGUGACAAAUGUUCAUUGUUCUGUAUUUUUCCUGUAACCUUUAAGGUGUUCUCUCUUCAAAUAACAUGAUGUUUUUUGUUGGUUUGGCCUAGCUGGAACCCAUUGUAACAAUAAUCAUUGUUACAAUGGGUUCCAGGGAUUAUUGUUUUUGUAUGAAAAGUCUGAAUCAGUGCUGAAGAGCAUCUUUCCACUUUUAUAAUGACAAUUUGUAUUUGUAAUGUACAGUUAUUGUUUCAUAACAUCCCCUUGGACAUGAAAGGUACGAUUAAAGU